UCAUGAGCAGAAUGAGGACCCUCCUGGCCUCGAUCGGGGUGGUCGGGCUUGUCGGUAUGGGCUACGGAAUGUGGGCCGUAAUGUCACCUGGAGAGGAGAGGAAAAGGGAAAUAUUAAAGAAUCUGCCAGAGGCCAACCCUGUCCGAAUGGAGGAGACCAGAAAGAGAAAUGCUCUCAUGCUUCAAGUUUUAAAGGAUGCUGCUGAGACAAAUGAUAAUGUUGCACGUGGAUUCGGGGGGCAGAAAUGAUAGAAUGUGUUUUCACAGAUAUCAGACUUUCACUUGCCACUAGCAAUCUGUAAAUGCAUGGGGAGGAGAAAUAUGAAGCCAGUGACGUAUUUAAAAAUAAAUGAUCUGAAAAUG